UCGGUGACAAAACCCUCUUCUUUUUCCUACCCACGUCUCCUGUGGCGGCGCCUGCUUCUUCUCUUCUCCUAGGGUUUCUCUCCCUCGUCUUCGAGAGUUUAGAGCCAUCGAAUCCUCCUGGAAUUGAUAGCUCCUUCUUUUUCAUGGCGGCCGUCUCUCCAGCUCCUCCUGCUGACCAAGCUACAGAUCUGAUGCAAAAGUUAUCCCUGGACUCCAACAGCAAGAGUGACAAUGUUUCAGGAGUUACAAAGAAGACCUCAGGAGGCCAGUAUGCUUCAGCAAAUGGGGGGAAAGUUACUCCAAUCCCUGCAUAUGAGCGUUCUUUUACUCCUCUGCUUCAGGAUCAUAAGGAUGCAAGUAUGUGCUACUUGCCAAACGGAUUCCCUUCAUCUUACUACUAUGGAGGUUAUGAUGGCUCAGUGGCAGAUUGGGAGGAUUAUUCUAGAUAUGUUAACCAUGAUGGAAUAGAGGUGCCUCCACAUGGGGUUUAUGGAGACAUGUAUCAUCAUGGAUAUGGCUAUGCACCAUAUAGUCCAUAUCCUUCACCUGGUUCCCCAGUUCCAACUUUGGGGCAUAGUAAUCAGUUAUACACAUCCCAACAUUACCAGUUCCCAGCCGCAUAUUUCCAACCACCACUCCCUACAAAUGCUCCAUACACAGCAAGCCAAAAUCCUAGUUCCAAAGUGAAUAUUUCUACAUCUACUGCAACUGAUGUUACUCCUACUCCAAUAGAUACAACAAAAGCUAGUUCAAAUGGUAUUGCUAAAGGAAGUACAAAUAACAACAACGGAGUUACAAAAGUAAAACAAAGCCAACAUAAUACUGCAUCAAAUACAGGUGGUGCAUUUGGUAAAAGCAUUUCAUCUGGUGGACAACCAUCUUCAGGUUAUCAAGAUCUAAGAUACGGGUUUGAUGGCAUGUGGUCACCUAUUUCAUGGUAUGAUGGUUCCGUAUUUGCUGAUGGGCAGCAGAGACACACUUCCACUAAUAAUGCCUCUUCAAUGUCUCCACAUGAUGCGAAUACUACAUCUAUUAGAAAUCAGAACCUUCGUCCCCUUCCUCAAUUUAUGGGGAUGCAUUCACCCAGAUCAGCAGUUCCAGGAAUGGGGAACAAGAUGUACCCUAACAACAGACUGUAUGGUCGGAAUGGUAAUGGCUUCAGAGGCAAUCAAGGUUUCUAUUCGAAUUUGUACGACUCCAGCAUGAAUGGAAGAUGGGUAAUGCCCAUGGAUAGCAAAUAUAUGCCUAGGGGUCAGGUCAAUGGUUUCUAUGGCUCCAGUAAUGGGAACUUACAAGAGCUGAGUGAGCUUAAUAAAGGACCGAGGGGUGAGCGCUUUAGAAAUCAAAAGGUGGUUGGGCCUGAUUUUUCUCUUGCAGAAAGGGAACAGAGUCUUUCUACCGAUGUCCAGGACUCUGCCGUCCCUGAAAAAGAUCGAUACAACGCUGCAGAUUUCCCUGUAACAUAUGCAGAUGCCAAGUUUUUUGUAAUAAAAUCAUACAGUGAGGAUGAUAUUCACAAAAGUAUCAAGUAUAAUGUCUGGGCUAGCACUCCCCAUGGGAACAAGAAGCUGGAUGCUGCUUAUCAGGAAUCGAAGGAGAAGAUUAACGGAUGCCCAGUGUUCUUGUUAUUCUCUGUAAGCAUUAAUUUAGGAAUUCACUCUUCACUUUUUAUGUUUUUUUUUCCUUUUGUGAUUGUUGAUUAUUUUACUUUUGUAUUAUUUGAAACUCAUGUCAAGUUUUUUCUUGUCAUGGAUGGAAAACCAGUCAUGUUGGAUGAGAAGGACAAGGAUGUGGCAAACACUAAGCCUGGAUCACAGAAGCUCAUGGAAGUGGUUAAAAUCUUGAAGAAAGAAUCUGCACAAGGCGGGCUUAGGGUUGGGGAACUUGUCUUAUCAGAAACAAACUGUGCCGCUGAAGCUGUCGGUGUUGCUCCUAAGGUUACUAAAUCAAUGGCUGAAAAGCAUGCCGUCGCCAUUGAUGUUGACAAAGGUUAUUAG